GUUGCCCGGGCUUCCACUGGACCCCUCCCCGGCCUGCAAUUCGAGCCGGCACUAUGCACGGGCGCCUGAAGGUGAAGACUUCGGAAGAGCAGGCCGAGGCCAAAAGGCUAGAGCGGGAGCAGAAGCUGAAACUGUACCAGUCAGCCACCCAAGCUGUCUUCCAGAAGCGCCAGGCUGGGGAGUUGGAUGAAUCCGUGCUGGAACUGACAAGCCAGAUCCUGGGAGCCAACCCUGACAUUGCCACCCUCUGGAAUUGCCGUCGGGAGGUGCUCCAGCGGCUGGAGACAGAGAAGUCUCCUGAGGAGUUGGCUGCUCUGGUGAAGGCAGAGCUGGGCUUCCUAGAAAGCUGCCUGCGGGUGAACCCCAAGUCCUAUGGCACCUGGCACCACCGCUGCUGGCUCCUGGGCCGCCUUCCGGAGCCCAACUGGGCCCGGGAACUGGAGUUGUGUGCCCGCUUCCUCGAGGUUGAUGAACGAAACUUUCACUGUUGGGACUACCGGCGCUUUGUGGCAGCACAGGCAGCCGUGUCCCCUGCUGAGGAGCUCGCCUUCACUGACAGCCUCAUCACUCGAAACUUCUCCAACUACUCCUCCUGGCAUUACCGCUCCUGCCUCCUACCCAAGCUGCACCCCAACCCAGACUCUGGAGCCCAGGGUCGCCUCCCUGAGGAUGUGCUACUCAAAGAGCUGGAGCUGGUGCAAAAUGCCUUCUUCACCGACCCCAAUGACCAGAGUGCCUGGUUCUACCACCGCUGGCUCCUAGGCCGAGCGGACCCCCCAGAUGCCCUCCACUGCCUACACGUGAGCCGAGAUGAUGCCUGUCUGACUGUGUCCUUCUCGAAACCCAUCCUGGUGGGUCCCGGGACAGAAACCUUGCUGCUAAUGGUUGAUAAGGCGCCCCUGGCUGUAGAGUGGAGGACCCCGAGUGGCAAGAACCAACCAAACCAUGUCUGGCUCUGUGACCUGCCUGCAACCUCCUUUGAUGACCAGUUGCCCGAGCAAAUAUUUCAUGUCGUGUGGCUGGCUGGCAAUGCCCAUAAGGAGUGUGUGCUGUUGAAAGGCCGUCCAGAGGCUUGGUGCCGAGACUUGGCCACCGAUGAGCAGCUGUUCAGGUGUGAACUGUCAGUGGAGAAGUCCACAGUGCUGCAGUCUGAGCUGGAAUCUUGUAAGGAGCUGCAGGAACUGGAGCCUGAGAAUAAAUGGUGCCUGCUGACUAUCAUCCUGCUGAUGCGGGCACUAGACCCCCUGCUGUAUGAGAAGGAGACACUUCAGUACUUCCAGACUCUCAAGGCUGUGGACCCAAUGAGGGCAUCAUAUAUGGAUGACCUGCGCAGCAAGUUCCUGGUGGAGAAUAGUGUGCUCAAGAUGGAAUACUUGGAAACGCGUGUGCUUUUCCUGGGCAGCAAGGACCUGACUUCGCUCUGCCACCUGGAACAGCUGCUCUUAGUUACUCACCUGGACCUGUCGCAUAACCGGCUUCGCUCCCUGCCCCCUGCUUUGGCAGCCUUGCGUUGCCUGGAGGUGCUGCAAGCCAAUGACAAUGUCAUCGAGACCCUGGAUGGUGUCACCAACCUGCCGAGGCUGCAGGAAUUUAUAGUGAGCAACAACCGCCUCCAGCAGCCUGCAGUGCUGCAGCCUCUUUCCUCCUGCCCCCGACUAGCCCUUCUCGAUCUGCAGGGCAACCCACUGUGCCAGGCAGCGGGCGCCCUGGAAUGUUUGGCCGAGCUUCUGCCUUCAGUCAGCAACAUCCUCACCUAGGAGACCUUGUCCCAGCUUAACCCUCUAACUUAUUUGGUACUGAAUAAAUAAUGGAUGCUUCCCUUGGA